GCAUUGACCUAUGUCCUCAACUUCUCUGUGUCUUCUCAAAAAUUGCUGUUACAUUUUUCAGUAGAAGAAUUGUGUCCAAAAACAAGAAAACCCCAUGUCGUCUUAUUUCUUUUGCCCUGCUGUAAAGCUUUUUUUCUUUGAACCAUCCAUUGUCAUCAAGCCUUAAGUGUUUCUCUUAAGCAACGCUAAUCUCUGCAGUUUCUAAUUCCUCUUUUUUCCUGCAUCUCCAGAAUACUGGGUCAGGCCUUUUGCUUUCAUUGUCUUUGUCUGAGUUCUCACACAUUUUUAGUGUUGUUUCUAAGUGCCUCACCUAAUUGAAACGGUUCUUCAGCAGGAUCACUGACUGCAGCUUAUAAACUUGCCUAAUACCUACAGGUGCAAAGUAUAACACAUACCCCUUCAUUAGCUGUGGUCUGUAAAUGCUGCCUCUUGCCUCCUUUCCCAGAAGGUGCUCUCAGUUCUGUUCUGGUUUGGGUUCGUUGUUGAGGAGGUGUUUCCUGAUGAGCACAAGGUGUAAUCACCAGUGGUGAGUGAUGUUUCAUUUAGUGGGGGUUACAGCUGAGAUGGCUCUUCAGAAGCAGUGUCUGGAUACAAAAUGUGCAUGUGAAUUUCAGCUUUCAGUCAGAAUAAGAAUUCCGCUCUUUAUAAUUUGGUGAUAAUGUGAAAUGUGCUUUUUAUUGACAUCUUCAUACUCAAAGUGGUUAGCAAAGUAUUUAAGCAAGUUUCAUGAUUUUUCAAAAGCUGCCUUUCAUAGGCAUUCCUCCUUGAAGUCAUGUUGUCUCUCUCUGCAUGAUUCAAUUCUCCAUAUCUUCAUUUUCUCAUUCUCAUUAGAUUUAUUUUUAAUUAACAAACUAGUGCUAGUUGUUUUCCUGAGAAAUGUUUUUCAGUUAUUUCCUAGUUUUGUAUGUUUAGCUACCUCUGUGCAAUUUCUUGAUUUUUUUUUUAAUUUAAUUUUUUUUCCAAGUGUCCAUGUCAAACUUAAUUCUAAGAGACUUUACCUGUCUUUCCUCGACAUCUCUUUCCUCUCUUCUAGGUUAAAGGUUUUGGGAGGUCUGUGGUUGAAGUUAUACCUACAGUAUAGAUUGGAACUAACUUGUAACCAAGACCUCAGAGUUAUUUGUACCUGUUUGAGCGGCAUCGGGAGAGUUGCUGCUACAUCUCUAGGAAAUUUAACCAACCAUAGUUCUGAAGACUUGCCUCUUCCUCCUGGCUGGUCAGUGGACUGGACUAUUAGAGGAAGGAAAUACUAUAUAGAUCAUAACACUAAUACAACUCAUUGGAGCCACCCACUCGAGCGUGAGGGACUGCCUCCGGGAUGGGAGAGAGUCGAGUCAGCAGAAUUUGGAGUGUAUUAUGUGGAUCACAUCAAUAAAAGAGCUCAGUACAAACAUCCUUGUGCUCCCAGCGUUCCCCGUUACGACCAGCCUCCCCCGGUGACUUACCAGCCCCAGCAGGCGGAGCGAAGCCAGCCCCUUCUGGUCCCUGCGAAUCCCUACCACACCGCAGAGAUUCCGGACUGGCUGCAGGUCUACGCCAGGGCUCCUGUGAAGUACGACCACAUCCUGAAGUGGGAGCUCUUCCAGCUCGCGGACCUGGACACGUACCAGGGCAUGCUGAAGCUGCUCUUCAUGAAAGAACUGGAACGGAUCGUUAAGCUGUACGAGGCGUACAGGCAGGCCCUCCUCACCGAGCUGGAGCAUCGCAAGCAGAGGCAGCAGUGGUAUGCCCAGCAGCACGGCAAGAAUUUCUAAGCUAACAACUCUUUCUAAUAGACUUCUAUGAGGACACUACGAGCUUUAAAAAGUUUCCACACUUCAUACUAUGAAAAAGUGCUUUGGUUGAAAAGGCAGCUUAUUUUUGUUGACGUUGCACCUUUGUUAUUAUCCUCUUGAAUAUUUUUCUACAUGUAUUAUGUAUUGUUUAUAAAACGAAAAAUGUUUGUUAACCUUUUUCCAUACAAAAACUAGUUUAUUAUUCUGAAAACCAGCAUGGAGUUACGGAGUUUGAUCAGAGACUUGUUUCUGGUAUCUUUUUCUAGCAGUUGGCUGUAUUAUUAAGAAGCUGACUAUAUAUUUUUAAAUGGCAAUAGAUGCAAUUACAAGAAAUGCCCUGGAUGCAAAACAUUGUUAAAAUCCAAAUUACUAUUUUGGUGUAUUUCCCUCUGGACUUUGUAUCCCUCUUGAGAGAGGUCUGUUCUUUGUUUACAGCUUUAAUGUACAGAACACUGACACUGUUACUUCUCAGUACUAUAACCGUACAGAAGCUGAUUUCACCAAUCUAAAAGUGCUUCAUGAAAAUGAAGUCUGAGUUGCCUUAUUUUUUACUUUGUUUAAUGCAUUAUUACCUUAGAUUUAUUACUAGUUUUCACAGAAGUUAGUCAGAGGGCGAAAUACUUGUACCUUCUUAAAGACCAAUAUCACUAAGCAAACUCUUCAAAGGUUCUUAAAUGCUAGGUAGACUGCAUUUUAUGAGCCCCAGUCGCACGGGAAGGUAGUAGCAUUGUCUAACCAGCUUACCAACCAGCUGUACCACACCAUGAAAAAAAUCAGGGAUGUAUCAACAUUUUUUUUUACCGAGCUUUGUCUUGUAUUAAAGUUUCCUUACUUGGGGAAAAUUUUUACUUGUACAGUUACCCUCGCCAAUAUUUUCAUUUGGUUCAUUGAUUGUCCUGAAAUGUUAUUUAUGGAUUCUUUUUAGUGCAAUAAACAUUGUUGCAGACAAAAUACAUUUCUUGUAAAUCCUGUUAAUUCAAUAAAAAUCACUUUUGUUUAA